AUGGCCACUCAACAUCGUCCGUUGCCGUGCGGCAUCUACGCCCCGACCAUGACCUUCUUCGACCCCGAGACCGAGGACCUCGACCUCUCUACCAUCAAGAAGCAUGCCCAGCGGCUGGUUCGCGAUGGCUUGGCUGGUCUCGUCGUCAUGGGCUCCAACGGCGAAGCUGUCCACUGCACGCGAGAAGAAAAGCUCGCAGUCACCAAGGCUACGCGCGAAGCCCUCGACGAGGCCGGCUUCGCGUCCAGGCCCAUUAUCUUCGGCGCCACUGAAGGCUCCGUCCGCGGCACCAUUGAUCUGUGCACACUAGCAGUUGAGCAAGGUGCCGACUAUGCCCUCAUUCUCCCCCCAUCCUACUACCGCGCGCAGAUGGACGAGGCCGUCAUUUACGACUACUUUACCGCCGUCGCCGAUGCCUCGCCGCUGCCCGUUAUCCUAUACAACUACCCCGGCGCCGUGUCCGGCAUCGACAUGGACAGCGACCUCAUCAUUCGUCUGGCGCAGCACCCCAACAUUGUCGGCACAAAAUUCACCUGCGGCAACACGGGCAAGCUGACGCGCGUGGCGAGCGCCACCCGUGCCAAGACACCCGCCGCCGAGGGCUCCGGGUACAUGGCGUUUGGCGGCAUGUGCGACUUUACCACGCAGACGCUUCAAAGCGGUGGCAGCGGCAUCAUCGCCGGCGGCGCCAACGUCAUGCCAAAAGUCUGCGCGGGGGUAUGGAACCUGUAUGCGGAGGGCAAGCGGGACGAGGCGGAGGCACUGCAGAAGAUUCUCAGCAGCGGCGACUGGCCGCUCACCAAGACGGCUAUUGCCGGCACCAAACAGGCGAUUCAGAGCUAUUUUGGUUAUGGCGGCUAUCCUAGGCGGCCGCUCAAGCGUCUUGGCGAGGCGAGUGUGAAGGCCAUUGAAGAGGGAACGAGGGAAGUGAUGGCGGUGGAAAAGAGCCUCUAG